AUGUGGAGAGCACGUCCUUCAGGAAAGGGGUGGCAUUUUAUAAAUGCAAUUAAACAGCUAACAACAACCCCUGCUCCUCUGCCAAUGCCAAAGUCUCCAGCCAAAUCAAAUACUUUAAGGUAUCUUAAAAUUCUUGGAUUUGGUUUGCCAGCAACUGCGGGCAGUCUGUUGGGCUAUGUGUGGUAUGACCCAAACUUUCGUCAGCAGCUACAGGCUAAUAUACCAUAUGUUAAAGAAUUGCUAGAAGUCAUAUUGCCAGAAAGUGAUACUGAAACUCCUCCAACCAGAAAACAGAUACCAGAAAUACCUGCUUCAUUUGAAGGGCCACCAAUACCCAUUAUUUCAACAGAUGAUAAAAAGGACACAGCUGUUGAGAAAGGAUUCAAUAUAAUAGCACCAGAGUUAGUUCACGCACAGCAUUGUCAGACUUCUGAUAUUGUGCGAGUAGAAGAUUUAUGUUUACAUUUCCCAGAUUCUUCAUCUACUGAAAAGGAUGUGAGUGUUCAAGCAGGCUCUCAGGAAAAGAUAGAUCCAAGUGCUGGGGAGACUCAGCUACAGAGACGAGAUGAAGAUGACAAAGCUAAUAGUGCAGCACUGGAAACUCUGCUCCAUAAAUUGUUGGCAAACAGUCAAAUAUUGGUUACUGAAGCGGUGAAAGCACAGACAGAAGCAGCUGCAAGCACUCGUCAUCACAGUGAGCUACUUAAACAAGCCCUGAACAAUGUGGAAGAUGUUUUUGGUACAGAUCCCUGGGAAGCUGUAGCUGUAGCAAACAGAGAGAGAGAACAGGCGUUGUUAAGAGCCUCUGAGAAAGUUUUGGAACUCAAGAAAUGUGUCGAAAAACUGCAGGAUGUGAUACAGGAAGGAAAAAACAAUCAAGUGACACAGAACAAUCCAGUUGUUAUAGAUGCUUCCAGGCAACUUAGUGAAUUCAUGAAAGAGCUAGGAAAUGUCAAUUCACAGGUUCGACAAGCAGAAGCUGAAGCAAAUAUGGUACAGAAGUACAAGGAGUUGGUGGAGAAAGGAAGGAAACAGUUUCAGAAAGAAAUUGAAAGCCUUGUGCCAGCAGAAAAACUUAGUCAAGGAAAACUGUCAGAGGAUGAGCUGAAUAUAUUGAUUGCCCAUUCAUUCCGUCGAGUGGAGCAGCUGCAGAAGCAGCUUCUUGAGUUGCAGACCCAAGAACAACAGAAACUCAACGCUGCCCUUGAAAUACAAAAACAGGAAGAUGUCCAGCUCACUGAAGCCACAAUCUCUGAGGAACGUCAGCGUAUUCAGGAGGAAUUUGAACAUGAAAAGGCCAAAUUGCAAAUGGACUACCUAGUUAAGCUAGAGACUGAAGUGAGGAAGCAGCUUGCCCGACAGGCGGCUGCCCACAGUGAUCACCUGAAAGAUGUGCUGGCAGUUCAGAAGCAAGAAUUAACUGCAGAAUAUCACCGGGUUCUUCAGUAUAAGCUUUUGGAGGAGAGAGAGAGGUUUCAGACAGAAGUGGCUGCAUGGAUCUCUAGACUGAAGGGCAUUGAAGCGGCUGUCGAAGCUCGAGCAGCAAGUGAAAAACUAACUCGAAGUGCCCAAAACCUAUGGCUCUCCUGUAUUGCCCUUAACUCGCUGAUUACCUUUGGAAGUGAGAGUGGAGAUGACAAACAAACAAAACCUUUGAGGAGUAAUGUUCAAGCCAUUUUGGAGGCAGCUAACCAGAAUACAUUUGUUCAGACAGUGGUUGAGAAUUUUCCUGAUGUUGCACUGGAUCGAGGCAUUAACACAGAAGAUGAGCUGAAGGACAGGUUUUACCGAGUGACACGUAUUUGCCGCAGGCUGGGUUUAGUUGACACUCCUAAUUCAUCUCUGUAUAGCUACCUGGUGUCCUAUCUACACUCACUGCUAAUUUUAGACAACUUAGAGGCACUCUCAGAAGCUGAUGAAAUAGAUUUAAAUGAGUUAGACACUUUCACUUUGCUAGCUCAUGCCAAAUAUUGGAUGGAAAAGGGACACAUGGAUCAUGCCUUGAGAUUUAUGAUUCAGCUACAUGGAGAGUCUCGCCGAGCUGCCAGUGACUGGAUUAAUGAAGCUCGUGUCUUUCUAGAGACCAAACAAAUUGUGCGUACAUUAAUGGCUUAUGCCUCAGCUUCUGGCCUGGCAAAUACAUUUUAA